CGCCCCUCACCUCGCCUCUGCGUCCAGCUCCGCUCUGCCUUGCUCGGGGCACUCCGCAGCCUGCAGGCUGGCCCCGCUCCCAGGCCGGCCCCGGGCGCUGAUUCGCAAGGGGGCCGCGAUGGGCUUUUCUGAACCGUAGUAACCGGACGAGCCUCUGAGCAUUCAGAGAACGGGGCCUGGGGGAGGGGAGCGCUGUCUUCUUCUUGGAUAUUGUGAGCGUCAAGCUUCGGGGUUUCUGAGCCGGGAGCAGCCCUUGGCCAUGGAGGUGGGCAAGAUGACCGUCAGCAUCAAUAAGGCCAUUAACACCCAGGAAGUGGCUGUCAAGGAGAAACACGCCAGAACAUGCAUCCUGGGAACCCACCACGAGAAAGGAGCUCAGACCUUCUGGUCCGUCGUGAACCGACUGCCCCUCUCCAGCAACGCCGUGCUCUGCUGGAAGUUCUGCCACGUGUUCCACAAGCUCCUCCGUGAUGGACACCCAAAUGUCCUGAAAGACUCUGUGAGGUACAAGAACGAGCUGAACGACAUGAGCAGGAUGUGGAGUCAUCUGAGUGAGGGCUAUGGGCAGCUGUGCAGCAUCUACCUCAAACUGCUGAGAACCAAAAUGGAGUUCCAUAUGAAAAACCCCCGGUUCCCAGGCAAUCUCCAGAUGUCUGACCGGCAGCUCGACGAGGCAGGAGAAAACGACGUCAAUAACUUCUUCCAGCUGACGGUGGAGAUGUUUGACUAUCUGGAGUGUGAGCUGAACCUGUUCCAGACGGUAUUCAGCUCCUUGGACAUGUCUCGCUCCGUGUCGGUCACUGCUGCUGGCCAGUGCCGGUUGGCCCCGCUGAUACAGGUGAUACUGGACUGCAGCCAUCUCUAUGACUACACCGUUAAACUCCUCUUCAAGCUGCACUCCUGCCUCCCCGCUGACACACUACAGGGCCACAGGGACCGUUUCCUGGAGCAGUUCAGAAAGUUGAAAGAUUUGUUCUAUCGCUCCAGCAACCUGCAGUACUUUAAACGGCUGAUUCAGAUCCCACAACUCCCAGAGAAUCCUCCCAACUUUCUGCGGGCCUCGGCUCUUUCAGAGCACAUCAGUCCCGUGGUGGUCAUCCCGGCUGAGGCCUCGUCCCCAGACAGCGAGCCCAUCACCGAUCUAGUGGAGACGGACACAGCGUCACAACAGAGCUUGUUUGACAAUAAGUUUGAUGACAUCUUUGGCAGUUCGUUCAGUAACGAUCCUUUCAACUUCAGCGGUCAGAAUGGGAUGAACAAGGAUGACAAGGACCGGUUGAUCGAGCAGCUGUACCGGGAGAUCAGUGCGCUGAAGGAGGAGCUGGAGAACUUCAAGGCAGAGAGCCAUCGCCUAGGGGUGCAGCUGAGGGGACGGAUCAGCGAGCUGGAGGCAGAGCUAGCGGAGCAGCAGCACCUCAAGCAGCAGGCCCUGGACGAGAGCGAUUUCCUGCGCACCGAGCUGGAGGAGCUGAAGAAGCAGUGGGAGGAUACUGAGAAAGCACAGAGGAGCCUGACAGAGAUUGAGAGGAAGGCGCAGGCUAACGAGCAGCGGUACACCAAGCUGAAGGAGAAGUACAGCGAGCUGGUGCAGAACCAUGCUGACCUGCUGCGCAAGAACGCAGAGGUCACCAAGCAGGUAACGAUAGCCAGACAGGCCCAAGGCGAUGUGGAGCGGGAGAAGAAAGAGUUAGAGGACUCCUUCCAGCGCGUGAGUGAGCAGGCCCAGAGGAAGACUCAGGAACAGACAGAUGUCUUGGAAACCUUGAAGAGAGAGCUCACAGCCAGCAAGCAGGAGCUGCAGGCCCUACAAAGCACCCUGCAAUCCAGUUUGCAGUCGGAAGCAGAGCGUAGCACCAGGACAGCAGGCCUGGAGCAGGAGAGGGACACCCUGGUGGUGGCAGUGACCCAGCGCAGCCAGGAGGUGGCGGCAUUGCAGGCCGAGCUGCAGCAGCUGAAGGACGCUCUAGACAGCGAGAAGGAGAGCAGCAGUAAAUCGCUGGAGACGCUGCAGACCCGGCUGGGAGAGAAGGAGAGCCGUGAGCAGGCCCUCCAGCAGCGGCUCCUGGACGAGCAGUUUGCCUUGCUGCAGUGCACGGUGCAGGAGGCAGAGCAGAUGGUGCAGGACUCCCUGAACCGACUCGAUGACCCCGCCCACAUCAGCUGCACGAGCUCUGCAGAUUAUCUCCUGUGCAGAACGUUGGCUGCCUCCGACUGCAUAGAGCGGCUCCAGGGCGCGCAUGGCAAAUACCUUUCCAACCGCUCAGAUGUAAGCAGCCUGCUGCCAUGCGUGGCCCUGUUUGCCCAUCUCAUCAGCGACACCAUCUUGCAGGGCAGCGCCACCUCCCACAUGGUCCCUAUGGAGCCUGCUGACUUGCUGUCGGAGAUGUGUAAGCAGUGCGGGAGCGAGGCCCUGCGCUACCUUGGUGCCCUGAAAGACGAGGCCUCCCUGGGGGGCGCCGACUGCACCGCCGUCAGAAACUGCCUGAGCCGGAUCAGCGCCCUCGGAGAGGAGCUUCGGCCCAAAGGCCUGGACGUUGAGCAGGAGGAGCUGGGGGACCUGGUGGACAAGGAGAUGGCAGCUACGUCAGCAGCUGUCGAGACGGCAGUUGCCAGGAUAGAGGAUAUGCUCAGCAAGUCUCGGGCUGGGGACACCGGGGUCAAGCUGGAGGUCAAUGAGAGGAUUCUGGGCUCCUGCACAGACCUGAUGCAGGCUAUCCAGGUGCUAGUCCUGGCUUCUAAGGACCUCCAGAGGGAGAUUGUGGAGAGCGGAAGGGGCGCGGCGUCCCCCAAGGAGUUCUACGCCAGGAAUUCCCGCUGGACGGAGGGCCUGAUCUCCGCGUCCAAAGCCGUGGGCUGGGGAGCCACCGUCAUGGUUGACGCCGCUGACCUGGUGGUGCAAGGAAAAGGCAAAUUCGAGGAGCUGAUGGUGUGCUCCCAUGAGAUCGCGGCCAGCACUGCCCAGCUGGUGGCUGCCUCCAAGGUGAAAGCGGAUAAGGACAGUGCUAACCUGGCCAGGCUCCGGCAGGCAUCGCGAGGAGUCAACCAGGCCACUGCCGGGGUGGUGGCCUCCACCAAGUCAGGGAAGUCUCAGAUUGAGGAGAAAGACAGUAUGGACUUCUCCAGCAUGACACUAACUCAGAUCAAACGCCAGGAAAUGGACUCACAGGUGCGAGUGUUGGAGCUGGAAAACCAGCUGCAGAAGGAGCGCCAGAAGCUGGGAGAACUCCGCAAGAAGCAUUAUAAGCUAGCGGGCGUGGCAGAGGGCUGGGAUGAGGACGCUGCAGAGUAGCUUCCCAUGCCUGAAUCAGCGACCGACGGACGCCCCUUCAGGUGGCCGUGACCCAGCUUGGUGCAGCUCUUUCUGAAGAUACAAACUAAACCAGUGCAAAAUCCACCUUGAAGCACAUGUCCUCUGCGUUCCCAAGGACCCUCCUCCAGCGCACCCGGCCGGGCAGCCGCUCCACCCUCGACUGGGCAAGUAGAAAGUGCGGAGGCCUGAAGUGCCCGGAGCAAGGCUCCCGCAGCCAUGGCAGCGCCGCUCCCCACGGCCACGGGACACAGACUCUGCCCGCGUGUUUAGUGCAGCUGCGUUGGGUCCUGACUGUAAGCCUGGGUUCCUUCUUGCACAGACUCUGAACCGGUUUUGCCUCGGCGACACGAGCCAGGACGCACCCUGUGCCCUGGCGGCAGCAGCUCCGAUCUGGCGGGGGGGGCUGGGGCUUUCUGUCCCCACUGUGUUUUGCCAACCCCCCGCCAGACGGCGGCUGUGUCACGCUGGGCAGGGCAUGGAAAUGCAGCCAAGCCGGUUCUGCUGCUGGCGAGGCUGGGUGGGCUCGGCUUGGUGCUGGGCACACUGCCCUCCCCACCCCCACGCUCCCUCUCCCACUUGCUGUUCUAAGCUGGCCCUGCGCAGCCGAGAGCCCGUGGGGGGGUGCUGCACCCGGGGGGUGGACGACGAGUGCCUUUCACUGCUGGAAGAGGGCCAGCGUGCCACACUAACACCUCAUCCGCGAGUGUCUUACUGCACUUGGAACGGGGCCGGCCCAGGGCAGCUGCCAGCGGAGCCCCAGCACGCAGUCCGGGGAGCCCUGGUCCCUUAAAGCCAUGCGUUAGACAGCCGGUGGGGGCUGGGCUGCCCAGGCAGAGAGCAGCGCCCGCCCCUGAGCCCCCGGUGACUCGGCCUGACGGCAUGGGAGAGCGUCCGCUGGCAGCCCCAGCCCAGAGCAGGGAGCUGGCCCAGCCUGGUGCCUGGAGCAGAUCACUGUGUUAGUGCCAGCAAUAAACCACUGACUGAGGUGCUUGGCCCGGCACAAGCGGGAGGCGUCUUUCCGAGCUCCUGCCGCUCCAUCACAGCCUCUGCCUUUGCCAGCGGGGAGAGUUACCCGGGCCGCCCCCGCGGGUAAUACGCGGAGCUGCCCCACCGGCUCUGAUCCCCACCCAGUGGGAAGGGGCACUGGGACCCCGGGUACCCAGCUCACUGAUCGGAGCAGCACGGCUGGUGCAGACUGCAGGCAGCUGGUGCUGGACUGACCCUUGGUGCCCUCCGCGGGCUGCUCUAGAAUUUGGAACAAGCACGGUCCCCUUCGCUGCCUCUGUGCCCUCCAUGCUGGCGCACAGCUGGGCAUCGUCUGGGCACUGUGAGCCCACGGGGGCAGCCCAUGGCCCGGAGAGCUGCUGGAGGGUUUGCUUGGGAAGCCAGGGAUGGGAGCAGAGCCGCGACCCCUGGGAACGCCUCCCUUCCCUUCUAGACGGGGCAGAGGAGGCUGAAGCCGCUUGGUGGCCUGUGUCAUUUCACCCCUUUUGAGGCAGCGAAUCCAAAGGCUCCCUGCUGAACUCCUUGGGGAGCUCAGGGUGGGGGUCUGAGCUCACCCCUCCCUGGGAGCCCAGCCAGCUGCUCAGAACAUGGCCACCCCAUCGUUUAGAUCCUCCCGCUCCCUGCUCAGGCAGCACCCGCCGGGAAUGGAGGGGCAGUCUGCCCUCGCAGUAACACAACACCGUCCUGCUCUGCUAGGGGAGGGGGCUUCCGGGCGCUGCCUCUCAGCCAGUGCUGACAAUACCCUCCCUGCUGCCACAGCCAGGCAGUCCUGGGCUGCUUGUACCCAGCCGCCAGCCUGCACGGGGGCAGUUCAUGCAAAUCACGACCGGUUUCAUCCCCUGGGAAUCGUACUGCAGUGAGAUGUGGAGGCGAAUUUGGCUUUGUGUGUGCGCGUGGCUGGUCCCCCUGUCCCUGCCAGGGCCCGUGGCUGCCCGGUGCGUGUGCCCGGUUCCCCUCCCCCUGCCAGGGCCAGGGGCUGCGGGUCGGUG